UUGGGUUACCAGCAAUACAACCUACACCCACCUACAAACAUGAAAACAAUCUUUGAGUUUAUCAUAAAAUAAGUUUUUGUGUAGUGCAGUGUUAAUUUAUUGCACAAGUCAUAUAGUGUAUUUACAAUGAUUAAGUUUUAUCGUGUUGAAGUUAACAAAACAGAAUGGGAAGUACCAGAAAGAUAUCAAAUGCUUACUCCUGUAGGUUCAGGAUCCUAUGGCCAAGUAUGCUCAGCAAUGGAUACAAAAUAUGGCGUUAGGGUAGCAAUAAAGAAACUACCAAGACCAUUCCAGUCUGCUGUCCACGCUAAAAGAACAUACAGAGAACUGAGGAUGCUUAAGCAUAUGAACCAUGAAAAUGUGAUUGGGUUACUUGAUGUAUUUCACUCUUCAAAAAGCAUCAAUGAUUUUCAGCAUGUAUAUUUAGUUACACAUUUAAUGGGUGCUGACCUAAAUAAUAUUGUCAAAACUCAACAGUUAACAGAUGAACAUGUUCAGUUUCUUGUUUAUCAAAUACUGAGGGGAUUAAAAUAUAUUCAUUCAGCUGGAAUCAUUCAUAGGGAUUUAAAACCAUCAAACAUUGCUGUCAAUGCAGAUUGUGAACUGAAGAUACUUGAUUUUGGUUUGGCACGACCUACAGAGAAUGAGAUGACUGGAUACGUUGCCACUCGUUGGUAUCGAGCACCAGAAAUCAUGCUAAACUGGAUGCAUUACAAUCAGACAGUUGAUAUAUGGUCUGUUGGUUGUAUCAUGGCUGAAUUACUUACAGGCAGGACUCUGUUCCCUGGAAACGAUCAUAUUCAUCAGCUUAAUCUCAUUAUGGAAAUUUUGGGAACCCCCGAUGCUGACUUCAUGAUGAAAAUAUCUAGUGAAUCAGCCCGUACAUACAUACAAUCUUUGCCUGUAAUGAGGAAAAAGAACUUUAAAGAUGUGUUUAGAGGUGCUAAUGCUGCAGCUAUUAAUUUGCUUGAAAGGAUGUUGGAACUUGAUCCUGAAAAAAGAAUAACAGCCGAAGAAGUCUUGGCUCAUCCAUAUCUCGCACAGUAUGCUGACCCAUCAGAUGAACCUGUUUCACCUCCAUUUAAUCAAAGUUUUGAAGAUAUGGAUCUAUCUGUAGAAGAAUGGAAAAAGCUUGUAUAUGAAGAAGUGACGACUUUUACACCUCAGUGCCUACCAAUACCUCAGGAACCAACUGGAGUUUCACAUUCAUAGCGUAUUUGGCUUGUGUAUAUGUAUACGUACAAUAAGAAAUUUUGUAUUGUGUGACAAUGGAAAUUCUUGUUUUAAAAAGUUAAUGUUUUUAAUAUAUUAUUUAUAGAUUUAAAUUUAUAGUCAGUGAAUUAUAGAAAGUUAGAUUUUUUUUUUUUUUAAUUUGUUGUUAUGAAAGUUGGUAUGAAUUAAGAAGCAAUGAACUUUUAUUUUUGUAGUACGAUAAUAUUCAAGAAUUUAGUGCAUUAUUAAUGCAAACUUAAUCUAUUGACUUUGGUUUUGUACAUUCAAUUAUAAAGUGCUAAUCAUAUUGAUUAAUAUUACUUGGUAUUAUAACUGAUUUUAUUUUGAUUGCCAUCUCUUUAAUAUUUAUUAUCUAUAAACUAUAAAUCAACACCUCUGUUGAUUAGAUAACAUUAAUAGGGUGGAUAUUUGAAGAAUGCGUUUAUAGGAAAUAUUCACAAUUUUAUCUUUUGUGCCAUACUUCAUGAUGAAAUUGAGCCAUUUAUUAACUUUAAAACUAUUAUAAAAAAUACUGGUUACAAUUAGCUUCCAGCCAUUUAUUGUUAAUGAUACUUGCACAAAUGUUUUGAAUUGUUAAUAAUCCACAAGUGGAUACAAAAAAUUAAUAAAACUUAAUUUCUCUUUCACCGCACAAAAAUAAAAACCAUCAUCAGACAACAUUGGUAAUGUAAAACCCAAUAAAAAUUAACAUUAUAAUAUAAAUAUGUAUAUAUAUUACAUAACAAAUUAUAAAAUGAGCCAAUACAAGACUAAAAUCAUGAUUAUGUUUAAGAAAUAUAUCAUCAAUAAAUGUAUUUCUAAACCAAUUUUGUUUGUCUGUUUAUAUUUUAACUCUAUUCCUAGCAUUCUAAAGAUAUUUUAAUGUUACCAAAGUUCAUUAGUAUUUUUGAUAAAUAAAAUGAAAUUCAUUAGCUCAUGUUCUUGCUCUUUCUUUGUUAUUUUUUAUUUCUUCUCCUCAAUCUUACCUGUAGAUCAAAUUUAAAAAAAAAAAAAAAGGUUGUGAACUUUAUUUUUUCUUAUUCUCGAAGAAUUGUCUACCAAGACAUGGCCUCCUCAUCACAACGAUCCCUCUACAUACACUUCGCUAUUUGUACAUGAAUUUUUUGUCAUCAUUUGAUCUUGUUUCCCUAAUAUUAAAUUUUCUAACAUUUUUGUAUUAACAUCGCAGACAAACCUUGUAUUUAACUUAAUAAGAAUCUGAUGAUAAUGUUCAGUUCACAGUAUAUUAUUUACAUAGUCAUUAACACUGUUUAAAGUAAGAAAUUUUCAAGAGUAUAAGGGAUGCUAAAAAUGUUUUGCUGCCGAGGUUUUAAACAAUGUAUAAAAUACUGCUGAUUUAGGUAUGAAACACAUUGCUGCAAUUCUAUAAGAAUGACUGAAU